AGAGAGAGGGGGGGGGGGGGGGGGGGCGAGAGAGGUAGUUGGUUACAGAAUCAGAGAACAAACACUCUGACAGUCAGAGUCGACGCGGCAGCAGAGCUCUGCGCUCCAACUAUGGAUGUUUGAAAAGAAGGAAAAACUCAGACAAGGAGAGAGAGAGAGAGCGAGCAGAAAGACGAGAGAGAAAAAGACGAUCGGUGGAUGAGUGAGUCUGUGUCUGGGCUGCGGUGGAUCUAUUCCGGCCCCGGUGUGAAUGGGAUUACGCCGGUCGCUCCGUGUCUCCAGGAGGAAACAUGCGGCUGCAGAGAUUCCCCCUGCCCUCGGUCCUCGUACCACUGCCGCUGUUGCUGCUGCUCGGGCUCUGCAGCGGCACAAGUUUCCCAAGUAACAUCAACAUAGGAGGCCUUUUCCCCACCGCCUCCCAUGAGUACGAGGUGUUUCGCUUUGCUCUGGCUCAACACCAGGACAUCCCCAAGCUGGUGCCGCAGGUGGACAUGGUGGACACGGGGAGCAGCUUUGCCAUGACCUACGCCUUCUGCUCCCAGUUCUCCAAAGGCGUGUACGCCAUAAUGGGUCUGUACGACAGACGGACGGUCAACAUGCUUAUGUCUUUCUGCGGCUCUCUGCACGUCUGCUUCGUCACGCCGUCCUUCCCUGUCCAGACCAACAACCAGUUUGUCCUGCAGCUUCGGCCCCAGCUACAGGAGCCCCUCAUGGCCCUGCUGGAGCACUUCUACUGGACCAGGUUUGUCUACAUGUACAGCUCCGACUCAGGUCUGUCGGUGCUGCAGAGGAUCUUGGACACGGCGGCAGAGCGGACUUGGCAGGUCACCUCGGUUAACUUGGACACUCUGACAGAAAUGGGCUUCAUCAAACUGCUGGCCGACCUCGACUUCAAGAAAGACUUUCAGAUCAUCAUCGACUGCGAGCUGGAGCGACUCAACUCCAUCCUCAACGUGAUUGCAGGUCAGAAAAGAAAUUUGAAGAACUACCACUACAUCCUGAAUAAUCUGGGCUUCAUGGAUAUGAACAUGACAGAGUUUGAGAAGCUCGGUCCAAAUGUGACGGGAUUUCAGCUGGUGAACUGGUCUGAUCCUGGCGUGGAGAAGAUCAACCAGGACUGGCUCGACUUUGACAACAAAGACCUCAAACUGGCCCGCAGGAGACUCAGGUACACAGGAGCUCUGACCUACGACGGCGUCACUGUCAUGGCAACAGCAUUCCAGAACCUACGGAAGCAGAGGAUCGACAUUUCUCGGCGCGGCAAUGCAGGGGAGUGUCUGGCCAACCCUCCUGCUCCGUGGGGUCAGGGCAUCGACAUACAGAGAGCCCUACAGCAGGUGCGUCUGGAUGGGCUGACGGGCUGGGUUCAGUUUGACGAGCGAGGACAUCGGACCAACUACACCCUGAAUGUGAUGGAGCUCAGCCACACGGGGUCUAGGAAGAUCGGCUACUGGAACGAGAGGAGAGGCUACGUGAGCACUGCUAUCUACAAACCGGUGGUUGAGGAGUUCUACGGUCUGCAGAACAGAACGUACAUUGUCACCACCAUCCUGGAGGCUCCCUACAUGAUGCUGAAGAAGAACCACGAGCAGUAUGUGGGGAAUGAGAGAUACGAAGGUUACUGUGCUGAACUGGCCUCCGAGAUCGCCAAGCAUGUCGGCUUCACCUACCGACUCGAGCUGGUGGGAGACGGGAAGUACGGAGCCAGAGACGCUGAAUCAAAGAUGUGGAACGGGAUGGUUGGAGAGCUGGUGUAUGGGAAAGCUGACGUAGCGGUUGCCCCACUGACCAUCACUCUGGUUCGAGAGCAGGUGAUCGACUUUACCAAACCCUUCAUGUCUCUGGGAAUCUCCAUCAUGAUUAAAAAGCCCACCAAGUCCAAACCUGGCGUAUUCUCCUUCCUCGACCCACUGGCCUAUGAGAUCUGGAUGUGCAUUGUGUUCGCCUACAUUGGCGUCAGCGUGGUGCUCUUCCUGGUGAGUCGGUUUAGUCCUUAUGAAUGGAAAGGUGAUGAGUCUGAUGAUGAAGAUGAAACUCUGCCCUCUUCUUCUUCUCGGCGAGCUCUGCCCACUUCCUCCUCUGAGCUCACUCACUCUCCGGGAUACUCCCAGGCUCAGGUCCAGAACCAGAACCAGAACCAGCAGAAAGAGAAGGAGAGUCCAGAGUACACCAAUGAUUUUGGGAUCUUUAACUCUCUCUGGUUUUCACUUGGGGCCUUCAUGCAGCAGGGCUGUGACAUUUCACCAAGGUCUCUCUCAGGUCGAAUCGUGGGAGGAGUUUGGUGGUUUUUCACCCUCAUCAUCAUCUCCUCCUAUACAGCCAACCUGGCAGCCUUCCUCACUGUGGAGAGGAUGGUGUCCCCCAUAGAGGGUUCAGAGGACCUGGCCAAGCAGACGGAGAUCGCCUACGGGACCCUGGACGGAGGCUCCACCAAAGAGUUCUUCAGGAGGUCAAAGAUAGCAGUGUUUGAGAAGAUGUGGUCGUACAUGCGGAGUGCCGACCCCACUGUGUUUGUGAAAAACACCAAUGAGGGAGUGAUUAGAGUCAGGAAGUCAAAGGGGAAGUACGCCUACCUGCUGGAGUCCUCCAUGAACGAGUACAUUGAGCAGAGGAAGCCCUGCGACACCAUGAAAGUGGGAGGCAACCUGGACUCCAAAGGCUACGGAGUAGCCACGCCCAAAGGAUCACCUCUCAGAAACCCUGUUAACUUGGCAGUUUUAAAACUGAACGAGCAGGGCCUGUUGGACAAAUUGAAAAACAGAUGGUGGUAUGACAAGGGAGAGUGCGGCAUCGGGGGAGGGGACUCGAAGGACAAAACGAGCGCGCUCAGUCUGAGCAACGUAGCCGGAGUGUUUUACAUCCUGAUCGGAGGGCUGGGGCUGGCCAUGCUCGUGGCGCUGGUCGAGUUCUGCUACAAGUCCCGGAUCGAGUCGAGGAGGAUGAAGGAGCUCAUUGAUGCUGCCAUGGUGAGCGGAGGAACAGGAGGAGGCAUGGCAGCAGGAGGUUUUGGAGGAGGAGGAGCAUCAGGGGAAAACGGCAGAGUGGUGGCACACGACUUCCCGAAAGCAGGAGCCCACGGUUUACCGUGCAUGAGCAAAUCCACGGGCUUGGGACUGUCCUCAACGGGCAUGUGAUCAAAAACGAGACUCCUGAUUGGACAGAAUGCUCUGUUCUGUCUUCCUGUCAGAUGAUGCAAAGACUAAAGUGGGCUGUUAAAGAAGGACCAAUGAGUAUUAAAGAAGAGAUGAGGAAAGUGGUGUUAAAAGAGGGAAAGAAAGAGUGGAAUUGCAAAACAGAUGGGGUAAGACAUGUUGGUUGGCAGGAAGUAGAAAUAGCGUUCAUGUUCACCUCAGCUGGACUGAAUAUAACAGAACUCUAAUGAACAGACAGCACCUGAAUACAACAUCAGAGUCAACAAGCUCCUGCACGACGAGAAACUGGGCUUACCGAACUUCAAAACCUGAAACUCUACUUUUUUUACGAGCGAUGUCUUAAAUUUAACUCCUCCCCUUCUGCGAUAACAGAACCUGGGAGGGAUUUUUUUAAACUUCUUAAUUAAUGCACCCAUUUUUCUCCCUCUCCUCCCCCUCCUCCUCCUCAUCCUGCCCUUCACUUCCUCUCCUCUUCCUCAAGUUCAGCAGAAACACUGGAAGCUUUGUCAAGGUCACGCUAAACGGAACUUUGAUAUCGAAGAGGGCUGAAACAGAGUCAUAGUUUGAGCAUGUGAACAUUUAAACCUUUUUAAACACAAAAGAACACUCGAGGAGAUCGUUGAUGAUAUUCAGGAGAACCCCAUGAUGGAUGUGCUGCCUCCGUAAUGCCAACCAAACAAGUCUUCACUGCAUAUAAUUUAUUUUUAAAUAAAAAAUGUUUGCUGAAGACUUUCAGCCGUCCAAAAUACUGCACCAAACUAACCCUCUAAAACCUCCUGAACAGACCUGAAACCACACAUUGGUGGACCUUAAACACUUAACACCUGCAGCAGCAUGAUGAGCUAUCAUUUAACAAGCAGUCAUAUGAUAAACAUGUCUUCUGUCUGAAAUCUUCAUGUAUUUAUAUUCAUAAAAAAAUAAUUAGAUAAUAGAUUUUGAUUACUAGUUUAUAGAAAUAACUGGCAGUUCUGUUUUGACCUCCUGCGCCAAUAAUAAAACAAUCUGUGCUCCACUGAACUUCAGAAACACGACUAUAAUUAAAUAAAUGUGAAUCAAAGAAGCCUUAAAGGCAUGAAAUCACACUAAUCUCUUACAUAAGAUGAUUUCUGAAAACAUCUCCUACCACAUUGACCUCUGUUUUUGAGCUGCCUGACAAACCUAAUCUAUGAGUCAUUAAAGUGAAGAGCUUUACAGAUUACUGAACACUAAGGGUUACCAUUACAUAACAUUGUCUUUUAGCUGAGCUGCAAUGACGGUUCCUUUAGAGAACCAAAAGCAUCAACACAGCAAAUUUUACACGUUACAAACAAUGCAUAACUGCUCGACAAACCCAAUAAAAUACCAGCUAGCUUAGCUUAGCACAAAGCUAAAAACAGGAAAACAAUAAGUAAAUGUUGUGGCUACACUAUGGCUCCCCUAAUAACAAGGAAUCUAAAAAAAAAACACACUUUAUCA